GCGCAGCCUCCUUUAAUUCAUUAGGAGACAUAUAUGGAGCAGAGAGGAGGAGAGGAGAGCAGACUACUUCGGGUCAUGUAAAAAGGAACAGCUCCUAUCCGCGCUUUCUUCCUCCAGUGUGUUUGCGCGCAGCGGAGCGAUGGAAGCGGUGCGCCCCGAGCGGAGCGCUGCGCCUCGGCUCUGCUUCCUCCUGCUGCUGCUCCUGCUGGGUUCCUCCGUGUCCCCCUCCACGGCCUGGGACCUGGUUCUUCUCCACACCAACGACGUGCACGCCCGAGUGGAGGAGACCAGCGUGCACUCCGGGAAAUGCAGCAAAGGCAGCGGGUGUUUCGCCGGCGUGGCCCGGAGAGCCACGAUGAUCCGGAAGAUCCGCAAAUCGGAGAGCAACGUGCUGCUGCUGGACGCCGGAGACCAGUUCCAGGGGACCGUGUGGUUCAAUUACUACAAGGGAGCAGAGGCAGCGCAUUUCAUGAACACGCUGCAGUACGAUGCCAUGGGUCACAGGCAUGUGUUUUUGUGUUGGCCUGAGGGUAUUUUGAGAUGUUUGCAGCUCGUUCACUGUUCAUGUUUCUGCACAGGACCACACCUGCAGUUCGAGGACGAGGUGAGCUCUCUGCAGCUGCAGGUGAACAAGCUCCAGACGCUGGGGAUCAAUAAGAUCAUCGCUCUGGGCCACUCCGGCUUCACCGUGGAUCAGGAGAUCGCCAAGAGGGUCCGCGGAGUCGACGUCGUCAUUGGAGGACACAGCAACACUUUCCUCUAUACAGGAGCACCUCCUUCUUCUGAAGUACCAGCCGGUCUUUAUCCCUUCAUGGUGAAAUCAGACGACGGGCGGCAGGUUCCUGUUGUGCAGGCCUAUGCCUUUGGAAAAUACCUGGGUUAUCUGAAGGUGACCUUUGAUGAUGCAGGGAACGUAGUGAAGUCGACAGGAAACCCCAUCCUGCUGGACAGCAGCAUCCCACAAGAUCCAGAGGUUCUCUUAGAUGUGGAGGAGUGGAAGAAGAAUCUGGCCAACUACUCAGCUCAGGUGGUGGGAAAGACUCUGGUCUUCCUGAAUGGAACAACUGAAGAGUGCCGGUUUCGAGAAUGCAACCUGGGAAACCUCAUCUGUGACGCCAUGGUCGCCAACAACAUCAGGUCCUCCAAUGAUCUCCAGUGGAACCAUGUCAGCGCCUGCAUCUUCAAUGGAGGCGGCAUCCGGACGUCCAUUGAUGAACAGAGCAGGAACGGUUCGAUCACGAUGGAGGACCUGAUCUCCGUCCUACCCUUCGGAGGAACCUUCGACCUGGUGCAGCUGAAAGGCUCCACGCUGAGGAAAUCUUUCGAGCACUCAGUGAGACGAUACGGCAAGAGCACCGGAGAAUUCCUGCAAGUGUCUGGAUUUCAUGUGGAGUUUGACCUCUCCAAACCAGCGGGGAAUCGUGUCAGAAGCCUGAGCAUCCUCUGCACUAAAUGUCGUGUUCCGCACUACGAACCGGUCCAGGAUGAGACGAUCUACAAAGUGGUGCUGCCGUCCUACAUGGUGAACGGUGGAGACGGAUUCUCCGUGAUCAAAGAUGAGACACUCAAACACAACAGCGGGGAUUUGGACAUUUUAGUUGUGUCAGACUACAUUGCAGAGAGAAAGAAAGUGUAUCCCUCUGUUGAAGGACGCAUCAAGAUCUACAACUCAGCCUCUGGACUUUGGGGGCAAUCCGCUCCACUGGCUCUACUGGUUUUAAUGGGGCUGCUCUGGAGUCUUUGUUGCAGUGUCUAACUUCACUUACAAGAGGACAGAGACAUUUUAUUUUAACCAGACUGCAUUUUGUAAACUGCACGUGAACUUGAAGAAUUAACCAGAGUUACGGAUGUGAUCCUUCAGGACUGAAAAUCUCACCUCAUAUGAACUUGAUUUCCAGAGAAGCUCUAGUGGUCGAGACACUCUGAACAGUCUGUUGUGGAUCAUGUGGACCAAGUUUGGGCAAAACCACCAAAAGCAUGGUCUGGUGUUGAAGGUAUCGAAGACAUUAAGGACUGCAGUUCCUCUAAUCAUCACUAGAUGGCAGCUUCAAGAGAACUGUCGUGUACACUAGGAAAUCUGAAAUAAAAACCCUCUGUGCACGAGAAGUUGAGGUUGUUAUAUUUCAGUUAUUAUGGGUUAAAAAGAACCACUCUCAUAUCCCAUCUUAGCUCCACAGCUUCUGGUGUAUAUUUGGGGUUUUUAAAAUUCAGUAACUGCCAGUAGCUUCAGAAUGAUCCAACCUGUUCACAGGUUUUAACAGAAUACUGAAGGCAGAAAUCACAACAGCUGGACAGUCGAACCUUCAUAGACUGUUGUAUGAGGAUCUUCUUCACCCUUGGGUUUUAAUUGUUACAGAUCUUUCAUUUUCUAGUAAAUGGUGGAAAAUUAGUAAUUGUGUUGAGUUUUUAGUCCUUAGCUUGUGGCUUUAUGGAUCGGUAAGUUGGUUGGUCUUUCCAUCCCUUUGGUUCAGACUGAAAUAGCUCAACAACAAUCAAGUGAACUGCAAUGAAACUGUUCCAGAUAUUUAGGAUUUCCAGAUGAUGAAUCUGUAUUACUUGAUCAUUUGACAUUAAAUUUGGUUAAAACAUUCA